AUGCCGCCCAGUAAGAAGGCCCAGAGCCCCAACAAAGGAUUAGGAGCCACCCGGGGUCUGAGUCCUUUCUACAGGGAGGCGGAGGCAGCAGACCUGUCCCUGUCCCUGUCGGCCUCCUUCUCCAAGGCCGAGGAUGAGGAGCUCACCAGCCUCUCCUGGCUCCACGAGAGCACCAACCUUCUCAACAGCUUCUCCCACUCGGGGCUCCGCUCCGUCUCCCCACUGCAGGACACUGACGGUCAACCACUACCCCCCCACUCCCCUUCCUCCUCCUCCAACUCCACCGACCCAUGUGACUCCUCUUCCUACGACUUGGUCACGGGAGCCAAUAGGAAGCCCCCGUAUUCCUUCAGCUGCCUGAUCUUCAUGGCAAUAGAGGAUGCGCCGUCCAAGAGGCUGCCGGUGAAAGAUAUCUAUGGUUGGAUCCUGGAGCAUUUCCCGUAUUUCGCUAGCGCCCCUACUGGCUGGAAGAACUCGGUGCGCCAUAAUCUGUCGCUCAAUAAGUGUUUCAAGAAGGUGGACAAGGACAGGAGUCAGGUAAGGAGGAGGAGACACACAAACAGACACACAACACACACAUGCACUCUUUCCCCCUUUCUCUCAAUUCAAUUCAAUUCAAGGGGCUUUAUUGGCAUGGGAAACAUAUGUUUGCAUUGCCAAAGCAAGUGAAAUGGAUAAACAAAAGUGAAAUAAACAAUAAAAAGUGAACAGUAAAUAUUACACUCACACAAGCUCCAAAAGAAUAAAGACAUUUCAAAUGUCAUAUUAUGUCUAUAUACAGUGUUGUAAUGAUGUGCAAAUAGUUAAAGUACAAAAGGGAAAAUAAAUCAACAUAAAUAUAGGUUGUAUUUACAAUGGUGUUUGAUCUUCACUGGUUGCCAUUUUCUUGUGGAACCAGGUCACAAAUCUUGCUGCUGUGAUUGCACACUGUGGUAUUUCACCCAAUAGAUAUGGGAGUUUAUCAAAAUUGGAUUUGUUUUUUCAAAUUCUUUGUGGGUCUGUGUAAUCUGAGGGAAAUAUGUGUCUCUAAUAUGGUCAUACAUUUGGCAGGAAGUUAGGAAGUGCAGCUCAGUUUCCACCUCAUUUUGUGGGCAGUGUGCACAUAGCCUGUCUUCUCUUGAGAGCCAGGUCUGCCUUCGGCGGCCUUUCUCAAUAGCAAGGCUAUGCUUACUGAGUCGGUACAUAGUCAAAGAUUUCCUUAAGUUUGGGUCAGUCACAGUGGUCAGGUAUUCUGCCACUGUGUACUCUCUGUUUAGGGCCAAAUAUCAUUAUAGUUUGCUCUGUUUGUUUGGCAAUUCUUUCCAAUGUGUCAAGUAAUUAUCUUUUUGCUUUCUCAUGAUUUGGUUGGGUGUAAUUGUGUUGCUGUCCUGGGGCUCUGUGGGGUCUGUUUGUGUUUGAGAACAGAGCCCCAGGACCAGCUUGCUUAGGGGGCUCUUCUCCAGGUAAAUUUUUCUGUAGGUGAUGGCUUUGUUAUGGAAGGUUUGGGAAUCGCUUCUUUUAGGUGGUUAUAGAAUUUAAAGGCUCUUUUCUGGAUUUUGAUAAUUAGCGGGUAUCAGCCUAAUUCUGCUCUGCAUGCAUUAUUUGGUGUUUUACGUUGUACACAGAGGAUAUUUUUGCAGAAUUCUGCAUGCAGAGUCUCAAUUUGGUGUUUGUCCCAUUUUGUAAAUUCUUGGUUGGUGAGCGGACCCCAGACCUCACAACCAUAAAGGACAAUGGGUUCUAUAACUGAUUCAAGUAUUUUUAGCCAGAUCCUAAUUGGUAUGUCGAGUUUUAUGUUCCUUUUGAUGGCAUAGAAGGCCCUUCUUGCCUUGUUUCUCAGCUCGUUCACAGCUUUGUGGAAGUUACCUGUGGCGCUGAUGUUUAGUCUGAGGUAUGUACUGUUUUUUUGUGUGCUCUAGGGCAACGAUGUCUAAAUGGAAUUUGUAUUCGUGGUCCUGGCAACUGGACCUUUUUUGGAACACGAUUAGUUUUUGUCUUACUGAGAUUUACUGUCAGGGCCCAGGUCUGACAGAAUAUGUGCAAAAAAUCUAGGUGCUGCUGUAGGCCCUUCUUGGUUGGGGACAGAAGCACCAGAUCAUCAGCAAACAGUAAACAUUUGACUUCAGAUUCUAGUAGGGUGAGGCCGGGUGCUGCAGACUGUUCUAGUGCCUCGCAAAUUCGUUGAUAUAUAUGCUGAAGAGGGUGGGGCUUAAGCUAUAUCCUUGUCUCACCCCCCGGCCCUGUGGAAAGAAAUAUGUGUGUUUUUUGCCAAUUUUAACCGCACACUUGUUGUUUGUGUACAUGGAUUUUAUACUGUUGUAUGUUUUCCCCCGAACACCACUUUCCAUCAAUUUGUAUAGCAGGCCCUCAUGCCAAAUUGAGUCAAAAACUUUUUUGAAAUCAACAAAGCAUGAGAAGACUUUGCCUUUGUUUUGUUUUGUUUGUUUGUCAAUUAGGGUGUGCACGGUGAAUACGUGGUCUUUCAUACGGUAAUUUGGUAAAAAGCAAAUUUGACAUUUACUCAGUACAAUGUUUUCGCUGAGAAAUGUACCAGUCUGCUGUUAAUGAGGUUUUUCCCAAGGUUGCUGAUGAUGCAUAUCCCACGGUAGUUAUUGGGGUCAAAUUUGUCUACACUUUUGAUGAUUGGGGUGAUCAGUCCUUGGUUCCAAAAAUUGGGGAAUAUGCCAGAGCUGAGGAAGAUGUUAAAGAGUUUAAGUAUAGCCAAUUGGAAUUUGUGGUCUGCAUAUUUUAUCAUUUCAUUUAGGAUAUCAUCAACCCCAGAGGCCUUUUUGGGUUGGAGGGUUUGUAUUUUGUCCUGUAGUUCAUUCAAUGUAAUUGAAGAAUCCAGUGGGUUCUGGUGGUCUUUAAUACUUGAUUCUAAGAUUUUUUUUGGAUCAUUUAUAUGUUUUUGGUGUUUGUUCUUUGUUAUAAGGCGAAAAAGAUUGGAGAAGUGGUUUAUCCAUACAUCUCCGUUUUGGAUAGAUAACUCUUUGUGUUGCUGUUCGUUUAGAGUUUUCCAAUUUUCCCAGAAGUGGUUAGAUUCUACGGAUUCUUCAAUUACAUUGAGCUGAUUUCUGAUGUGCUGUUCCUUCUUUUUCCGUAGUAUAUUUCUAUAUUGUUUUAGUGAUUAACCAUAGUGAAGGCGUAGGCUUAGGUUUUCUGGGUCUCUGUGUUUUUGGUUGGAUAGGUUUCUCAAUUUCUUUCUUAGGUUUUUGCAUUCUUCAUCAAAACAUUUGUCAUUCUUGUUAAUUUUCUUAGGUUGUCUACUUGACAUUUUUAGAUUUGAUAGGGAAGCUGAGAGGUCAAAUAUACUGUUUAGGUUUUCUACUGCCAAGUUUACACCUUCACUAUGACAGUCAAACAUUUUGCCCAGGAAAUUGUCUAGAAGUGAAUGAAUUUGUUGUUGCCUAAUUGUUUUUUGGUAGAUUUCCACACUACUUUCCUUCCAGCUAUAGCAUUUCUUAAUAUUAUUCAGUUCCUUUGGCUUUGAUGCCUCAUGAUUGAGCAUAGCUCUGUUCAAGUAGAGUGUGAUUUUGUUGUGAUCUGAUAGGGGUGUCAGUGGACUGACUGUGAACGCUCUAAGAGACUCUGGGUUGAGGUCAGUGAUAAAGUAGUCUACAGUACUACUGCCAAGACAUGAGCUAAAUGUGUACCUACCCUAGGAGUCCCCUCGAAGCCUACCAUUGACUAUGUACAUACCCAGCGUCCGACAGAGCUGCAGGAGUUGUGACCCGUUUUUGUUGGUUAUGUUGUCAUAGUUGUGUCUAGGGGGGCAUAUGGGGGAGGGAAUGCUGUCACCACCAGGUAGGUGUUUGUCCGCCUGUGUGCUGAGGGUUUCAGGUUCUUGUCCAGUUCUGCCACUGACUAGUAGUACAUGUCCCUAGUACAUCUCCCCUCUAGGAUGGAGAAGCUGUCAUCGUUAAAGUAUGGGGAUUCUGUCGGGGGGAUAUAGUUAGCACACAUGAGGACAAUUUUCUCUUUUGAGAUAAUUUCCUUAUUAAUUUCUAGCCAGAUGUAAAAUGUUCCUGUUUUUACUAAUUUAAUAGAGUGGGUUAGGUCUGCUCAAUAACAAAUUAGCAUACCCCCUGAGUGUUUUCCCUGUUUCACACCUGGUAGUUUGGUGAAUGGGACUACCAUCUCUCUUUUCUUGUAGGAUGACGAUGUCUGUAUUUCCAAUUUCUUUGAUGAAGUUCCUGCUCUUUAGGCCAAAGGCAGAUGACCUCAGACCUUGUAUAUUAUCUCUCUCUCUCUCUCUCUCCCUCUCUCUCUCUUCUCUCUCUUCUAGCUCUCUCGCUCUCUCUAUCUCUCUCUUCUCUCUCGCUCUCUCUCUCUCUCUUCUCUCUCGCUCUCUCUUCUCUCUCUUCUCGGUCUCUUGCUCUCUCUCUCUCUCUCUCUCUCUCUCUUCUCUCUCUCUUUCUCUCUCUCUCUUCUCUCUCGCUCUUCUCUAUUUCUCUCUCUCUUCUCUCUCUCUCUCUGUCUCUCUCGCGCGCUCUCUCUCUCUUCACUCUCUCUCCCUCUCCCUCUCCUUAUCCCCCCCUCUCUCUCUCUCGCUCCCUUUUUCUUUUGGGCUCGAGUAGAGUUCAUUUAAGGUGCUUGGACGUAUUUCAAAUUUGUUUCUCAGGAGAACAGCAUUUCAAUCUGA